AUGUCAGCGAAAAAUCCUACAUCCAAAAACCUUAGUGGAAUAGAUACCAGUGCAAUGACAUGGGCGAUGGCAGAGCUAGCUAGGAAACCGAAACCGAUGAAGAAAGCCCAAGAAGAAGUUAGAAGAUGUGUUGGAAACAAAGGAAAUAUCAGUGAACAAUAUACAAAUGAGCUUCAAUACGUCAAGAUGAUAGUCAAAGAUACCAGAUUGCAUCCUCCAGCUCCAAUUAUUAUUCCAAGAGAAAACAUGGCUCAUUUCAAAAUCCAAGAUUAUGAUAUUGACCCCAAAACACUUGUCUUUGUCAAUGGCUAG